AAAAUGAUUGUAUCAAAAUAUGAUUGUAGGUUAUGUUAGAGUUGCUUAGGUUUUGAUGUUUAUUUGAAACUUAAAUUUUCCAAAAAAUGGGCUUUACAUUAUGGAAUUUAUUUGAAGCAACAAUAUUAACACUAAAUGCCGUUUGUGUUUUACACGAAGAAAGGUUUUUAGCUAAAAUUGGUUGGAGUGCAAAAAGUCCCUCUGUACAAGGAUUUGGGGAGCAACCUAGUGUUAAAGCCCAAAUUUUAAAUUUGGUUCAUGCUAUUAGAACUGUAGCAAGGAGUAAGUCUUCUCUAACUUUUAUAGUAUUAUUAAAUGAAGAUAUUANUUCCUUAAAUGUUCUGUACUAUGCAUUUUGA